UUUUAGUACAGCAGUAUGUCUGAUACUGAGGAUGUAGAGGAAGUCUUGUCUAGAAAGCACAAAAAAGAAUGUAAAGAUCUACAAGCACAAAUACAAAAACUAAAACACUCAGUUCCUAAAGGAGACAAGAAAAGGAAGAAAGAAGUGACAGAGCAGAUUGCCAAACUAGAACAUGAUCUAGAUGAGAGACAAGAGGCAGAACUACAAGAACUGAAGGAAACAACAGCUGAUGUUGCAAAUGUAGCUGAACGCCUUGAAGAAUUGGACACAAAAAAUGAUGACUCUACAUCCGACAACACUGUGGGUGCAGCCUCUGGACAGGAGGAGAAAAAAUUAUCCAAGGCACAGAAAAGACGUAAUAAGAAAUUGGAAAAGGAUCGUGAACGAGAAGAAGAAAUUAAACAGCAGGACAUUCAGAACCUUUCGGGUGCAAGACAUAUAGAACUGCAAAAAAUCAAAGAAGCUCUUAAACAUCAAAACCUGCAAAUAUUUGAGAUCAAAUCUGACGGAAACUGUUUGUAUAAUGCUGUGAAUCACCAGCUGGAAAAGAUCAGAAAGGUGUCUUCGAACGAGGCCCUACGUGGUCAGGUUGCAAGAUACAUGAAAGAAAACAGGGAUGAUUUCCUGCCAUUUCUAACCAAAGAUAAUGGAGACAUGUUCACCGAGGAAGACUUUGAGAAAUACUGUCAGGACACAGCUCACACAACUGCAUGGGGAGGUCAACUAGAGGUUAGAGCCCUGUCACAUACACUCAAACAGCCAAUCAAAGUCGUGCAAUCAGAGGGCGCACCAGUCAUUGUCGGCGAGGAGUUUGAGAAUGACGACCAGCCAACUAUCAUUGUGUGCUACUUAAGACAUGCGUUUGGUUUAGGUGAACAUUACAAUUCUGUUGAGGACUACAAACGGGAUGAAGAUGAUGAAUUCUCUUGAUGAAAUUUAAUAUUAUUUUAGAGAUAACAAUGAAUAAGUCUCGUUAAUGCAGCCACUGUUUGUCGGACUAUCAAACAAUGUAUUGGAAGACAAAUAUUUUCAAUUUUUCUAUUUUUUACUUGGUGCUUUCAGUGCUAGUGCCAGCCUUUUUAAAAGUAAGUUGGGUCCAGGAAUACAUUAGUAUUCAUAUCAGUGUUCUCCUUAACCC